AUGGCCUCCUGGUUCGGCUGGAGCGAGCCUCACCAGCGCAUCCCCCGCAGGGACCCGGCUGACGUGGUCACCGACACGCUGAUGGUGGAGCUGAGCUGGCAAAUGAAGGAGGCGGAAAGGUUGCAGAGGGAGCGGGAGAGCGAGUACCGCCGCCUCAAGACAGGAGUGGACUACAGCUGGCUCGCUAGCGUGCCUCGCUCGUCUUACAGCAUCAGCACAGGGGAGAGGCUGGGUCUGGAGGACCUCUGCGCAAAGGUGCCGCCGUCCUGCUGUGGACUGGUCAUACUCAAGUUCCGUGACGCAAUCCGAGCCAGCGAGCCAGAAGUUCAUGAGGUAUCGGGCCUCUUCCGGUCCAUCCUCGUGGAGACUGUGGAGCAACUGAAGGAAGAGGAAGAGACCCAGCGGCUCGCCCGCCAGUGGAGCAACAAACGUGCCAAGAGCAUGUCCCUGGUGAACUUCAGAUCCCGCAUUAAGAUCAAUCCUUUCGGGAGCUCGGUUGGUCUGGUGUCAACUGAUGGCGCGCGCCUGAGCGACCUGAAGACGGUGUCGGAAGAUGUGGAAAGAGGGACAGACAGAGAGGAGAGGGUGUGGAGCAUGCCAGACUUCAGAUACAAAGGAACUAGUAGUGGGAAACUUGUGUGA